GUUGAAUUGCCAGUAAAGAAACUCUGUAAACCUAACUGGUAACACUGCCUACCCGGUCAAAACGGAACGAAAACAAAAGAGGCCGUGAGUGAAUUGAAGAAAAAAGAAUUACUAGCCGACAAAAUGCGUGUUACAACUAGGGUCAGGAUAUAGUUAUCCUCUCAACGCCGUCCGCACCGAGCCGAACCAAACCGUAUCGCCGUGACCCUGCGCGAAGUCUCUUCGCUCGGCCACGGCCACUUCUGCAAGCAAUACCCCCGGAGUGACCAGGUGAAAGCGGCGGCCUUUACAAAAAGGCGAAGCAGCAACCGGCAUCAAUCCUCACUUCUAUCAGCGUUGCUACCGGACAGUUCCGACAACCAAUAAACCUAGGAGCCGUCUACCGGAGCACCGACAGUAUGCGUGUUGACAGCAGCACGGUCUAGGCAGCAGCUGCAACUGCUGAAGGGAAGAAAAGAGCUGCGGCGAUGGAUCCGAAUAUUCUUGGUGUGGGCUCGUUGCGAGCACCGGUACGUGAUUCCGACCAUCCGCCGGUGGGCGAUUCCACAGCACCGUCCAUGCCCGGCUUUCGCUUUGGUACGUUCUGCGCCGACGGUCUGGGCAACCAGCCAGCGGAUGGCUUCAAGUGGGCCGCCUUCAACCCGUCCCUCUACAAGAAUGUAGCGAACGAGCGAGUCGACUGGGGUGCGCUAGCUCAGCAGUGGAUACAGAUGCGUGAAACACUGGCACCAGCACCGCCUUCGCCAGCGUUUGUCGUUGGAGGAAUGCGGCCACCUCCAAGCGCAGCUACACAUCCCGCAUCCGAGCAGCUAACGCCGUCGAAGGCCACAGGGACGACGGCAAAAAUCUUCGAAGAGCAGGGUGAAGCGCCGAUGGAAGUGGAGAGGGACGAGGAGGGCUCAUCGGUGAUGGUACCGAUGCCACCGCCACCCGUGACCUGUGAGCGCGAUUGGGCGGAAAGCAAGUGGAGUGCCCUAGCAGUACCGUGUGCCCCAGCCCCGCCGGAGUGGCUAGCAAAUGGGACGAGCUGGCCGAUGGACGCAGCGGAUGCACCGGCAACAUCGCUGCUGCCUGCCGUGGAUGAUAAGCUCCACAUCGAGGCAGUCAGUAGUAGUAGUCAGCAAAAGGUAGCGCCUGCUAGCAGCACACUAGCGGUGGGCAGAUUCUUGAAGCAGCCCCCAGCGUCAAACCCUAGCCACUCGGCAAGUUCAGCCGCAUCUACUAGUCGCUGGCAGCCAAAGCAGCCACUGGGGCAGAACAGCAGUGUUCGAUCUAUGGAGUCGACUGGUACCAAACUGGGCACCAGAAGCCGCUUCACAGCGAUCGACACUCCGGUCAACCGAGGUCGAUCGAACCACCUGGCGUCUAGCGAGAUUGGGUACGCAGGUGCAGUUGAAAUGUCCGAUCAUCGGCGACUACCGGGUCUGAUGGACAACGAGAUACGGCUCGGCGGGACCAGUGGACGGAGCGUGCGAUCGAUGACAGCGGCAGCUGGUUCGGGACCACUGCCACCAAUACCACUCGAGAGCAGGAAACUGGGCCAAACAGUGGGUAGCGGAGAGACGGUAACGCUCAACGAUGCCAAGCGCAAGCUACUGCCGGCCUGGAUCCGCGAAGGACUGGAAAAGAUGGAGAAGGAGAAACAGCGCAAGGUAGAUCAGGCGCGAGAUCGUUGGCGACGCGAGGAAGUUCGUCCAUCGUCACCAUACGAAAACGACGAUGACGAUGAGCCGAAAUCGGUGUACGAGGGUGCCGGUGCCAAGACGAAGGAAAAUGAGCCAGCAAUACUGAUGGCAGCGCUGUCGAAGCACGACGACGAUAUAGAAGGGACCACGGCCAGGUCUUCGGCGGUCAAUAGUAGCGCAACCUUCACCCGGCAACAACAACAACAGCAGCUGAACGAGUCGAUGCGUGCGAUACUGACGAACAUCUUGCUCGAGGUGACGAACGAGGAAAUAGUCCGCAUUGCCAAAGAGACAACGAGCAGCAUCAAGCAACAGCAACAGCAAAAGCAGAAGCAAUACCACCACCAGCAACAGCAGCGCCCAGCGUUGCCGCUGCUCGGUUUGGAGGUUUACGGCGAUAGCGACGAUGAUGAGGAAAGCUCCGACGAGCAGCAUGAAGCAAGGCAGGAGGGGCCAAAGCCAGAAGGUUACCCUAAUGCAGUAGCAAGUGAUGGAGACGAGGCGGGGGGUAGUAAUGGUUCAUCAGGAGACAAUAACACCAACGCCGCCGCAGAUGACGACGACGACGACGACGACAGCAGCGAGCAAUACCUGCAGAAACGAAUACGCAGAAAGCAGCGAGAAUUCCAGCUGAUAGCGCGCAAGAUCGAGAAACAGCUGCUGAAAGAGGAUGGUGAAAUUGAGACACAAGGGCAGCAGACGCAACACCAACAGGAGACGGAUGGCCGUACUCGCAAGAAACAUGACGAGGACGAGGACGAGGGAGAAGAAGGCGCCGACGAUAACGAUGACGAUGGCAGUGACGAUGGCGACUGUGCGCAGCGUGCUGGGCAUGGUGAGAAAGGGUACGCACCGGCUAGCGACAGUGACAGUGGGAGCAGCGAACAGGAGCAGGCUGGGUUGUCACUCGGACAGUAUCGCAGACAGGGCGAUGACAGUGCCGGACGAUCCGGUGGUACCAUUAGACCAGACCACCACGGUGAGCCUCCGCGUGUUAAUGUUAAACUAAAUGCGAACCUCGCGUAUGACCGUAGACGGCGGGAUAGGCGAACCUCGCGCUUCAGCGAUCUGCUCGACACGGUGCGCCAGACGCAUGUGACACAUGUGGCCAUUAUGCAAACAUCCCCCAUCAAGCAACAACCAAUCCCGACGUCUGAAAUGGCCGAUGCGGAAGCGGUCAGCGGCAAACCGGCCCAAAGGCCAUUACCAGUGUUCGCGGCAACCGGACCGGUAGCGUCACCACUCACCACUGCGGGAAGUACUGCUGGUGCAGGUGGUGGGAUGCCAAAGAUGGAGAAACCGGUGGCUUCGUGCUUUCCAAACGAACGGCAGCCUUUAGUGUGGUCCAUCGGCGACGCGCUGGAGCUGCAAUCCGAUGCUUCGACGAAGGAACCGCAGCAUCAGCAGCAUCAUCAGCAGCAGCAGCAGCAGCAGCAGCAAGAGCAACAUUACCAUCAUUCGGUUGAUGUCGGUGGUGGUCCACCUGAACUCAACCACCGGCGAGACAGCUAUGCAAUCGUACGAGCGCCCGGUGGAGAUGGAGCGGCACCAUCGACCGAAACUGAUCGUCGGCAUCAGCCCGGCUCGGCUCAGUCGUCCGAUUCCGAGGCGGUGUCGGUAUCCGAAUCGAACCGUUCGGUCGAAUCUUCACGCUCGCGCUCGCGCCGAUCCCGCUCUCGCUCCCAUUCGUCACAUUCGCAUCGGUCCGGUAUGAGCCGGUCCGGGCACGAUGAGCGCUCCUAUGGCUCCCGGCAUGUCUCAUCCAGCCGUCAAUCCCGGCACCAUCACUACCCAUCACCGUCCGAGCACCGAUCAUCGUCGCACGCUGGCAGCCGUAGGCACGGUUCGCGCGAACGUCGCGCCCGUUCCCGAUCCCGGUCUCGCUCGCGUUCGCGUCGCACUCGAUCCCGCUCCCGCUCCCGUACUAGACAUUCGCGUUCGCCCGGUCGGUACUCCUCAUCCUCAUCACAUCGACGCCGCCGACAUUAGCGGGAUUCGAUCCGGCUAGUCUGAUUCGUGUUCACCUUCCUCACAUGUCCAACAUUUGAUCGUUCCUUUUCGCUUUCGCGAACGGAGCUGUCGAGCUUCCGUGUGUUUGUGGGGACAUGUGGGGUCGCCUGUCACUACCAUUACUUUUUGUCAAACGAGACGUGCUUUCAUCUCAUCCUCCUUUCAUUCUCCUAAAUCUCUGCAGGCGCCCAGAUUAUGCAAACAAUGGCACGCACCAGCAGCAACCGUUGCUUCAUUCAUCACGCAUUUCCUCUUCGCGGUGUGAGUUUUAGAAGCAGUUCCAAUUAGUAGCACAUGUUAAAUUGUAAAUUCAACGUAGUAGCAACAGAGGCGAGGUAAAGGAGUGGGUGCGCCAAAUCCAAACCUAAUACAAACCGCACCGACGAGACCACACACUGUUUGACCGUAGAUAGCCGAUUAUGGAAAAUUAUGAUGCACAGAUGAAUUAUGAAAGCGACAUCCCAUCACCGGCAGCACCGUUUUGGCGUUUUAUUAUCUUAUAGCAUCUUAACCCCUCCCCCCAACCCCCCACACCCAUCAGUGCAAAUGCAGCCAGGCUACCAAGUGCGGGUAUCCUUCCUAAUAUUUGGCCGCCAUUUAUUCCGAUGCGAUCGAUCGGCGUGUUAUUUCUUUCCCUCUUCUUCUUUCCCACCCCCUACCCUCUUUCUCUCGUGGUAUCUUAAUUUAAAUUAAUUAACGAAAUUUACCACAGCUAUGCCAGGAAGCAAAGCUCUAAGUGUGACGGUCGCCUAAUAUUACGAUAGAAACCAACCGCGACGUAGUGCGACUACGAAACUAGUUCAAGGAGUGGCAAUGGGCGGAACCACGCUUAUCACCUUGACACCUUCGUUCGUACGAUUGCCUUAUUCUCUUAUCAUCUCUCUCUCUCUCUCUCUCUCUGUCUCACACACUCCCAGCUCCCACCCUUGCGUUUCGGUUUUUCCUCGCUUGACGAUAAAACGGCUCCUUACUUGAUGGGUCCUCUAUGGCGCUCGACUGAGGUUGCGUGAGUGUGCGCGUGUGUGAUUGUGUGUGUGUGCGUGUGUAUGUGUGUGAUUGUGUGGUCGGAAUCCUGAGGAUCUGGUAGAUCCGAUGCAACAUUUAUUUUGCUGCGCGAAAUAUAAUACUAAACUCCUACUACCA